AUGACAACAAUACAUGAGCUCUCGUCUUUAAUGACAUUACCAGAGUUGGAUAUUUUUGGUGUGCCACCCACUCAACUUAUGAUUGAACGUGAUGUACAAACUGAACACCGCCCAAUCAGUUCAUUAAACCAAUCAACAAACACUAUUGAGUUUGAAGUACACACUGGUCUUAAUGAAUAUAUUAAUCUCAGUAAAAGUGAAAUAUAUCUAUGCUUAAAAAUAAAGUUGCAAAAAUCUACUGUAUCUAAAUCUCCAGAUAUAAAAGCAGAUGACUGGAAACUAAUAUCUCCAGUAAAUUAUUUAUUACAUUCAUUUAUUAAACAAAUAGAUGUAGUAAUUGGUCAAACUUCUGUAUCAUCAACAUCAGUAAAUUAUCCUUAUGUGGCAUAUAUGGAUACUUUAUUAAAUAGUACACCAGAAGCUAGAAAAACUCAUUUACAGACUGCUUUAUGGCAAAAAGAUGAAUAUCCGAUGGACAAAGUAAACGAAAUAAGAAGCCAACGAAUCAGACCUAUUGGUGACACUUUAGAUGAAGGGUGUGAGAUUGAAAUGUAUGGAAAUCUACAUAUUGAUCUUAGCUCUCAAGUAAAGUCAUUACUAGGAGGCGUUAGUCUCAAUAUAAAAAUAUAUCCUAAUGAUCCUAACUUUUAUUUAAUAUAUGAUAAAACAUUAUUACCUAAGGUUGAGAUUAUGGAUGUCAGAUUAUUUAUGCACAGAUCUAUAUUAAGUCCUCAAGUUGUAAUUGCACAUAAUAAAGCACUAGAAAAAACUAAUGCUAGAUAUUUUAUUACAAGAAAAGAAGUAAAGACAUCAAUUAUAGCUAAAGAUACAUUGGAUUGUUAUUUAAACAAUGUAGUGAAUGGUGUAAUACCUAGAAAAAUAUAUGUUGCAUUUGUCAACAAUGAAGCAUAUAACGGUGUUUAUAAUUUGAAUCCGUUUUAUUUUAAAAAUUAUAGUAUAAGACACAUAGCCUGCUAUGUUGAUGGAACUCAAUAUCCACAUAGACCUUACACUCCAGAUUUUAGCACUAAAAAAUAUAUGCGUGAAUAUUUCGUAUUAUUUGAAACAGCCAAUCAAAUAAGACAUGAAACAAGUAUAGAUAUUACUAGAGAUGAAUAUGCUGAAGGUUUUACUAUAUUCGGAUUUAAUUUCACACCUGAUUUAUCAGAUGGAGUAGCUAAAAGUGGAUAUGUAUCUCCACUAAGUAGAGGUAAUUUACGAAUAGAAUUAAAGUUUGCUCACCCAAUAAAAGAGACUGUAACUGCAAUUAUAUUUUGUGAAUACGAUAAUCUAAUUGAAAUCCAAAAUUCCCGUUUUGCUAUUAAAGAUUUUCCAUGA